UUCUUAGGAAAUAACGAGAAUUCAUUGAAUUUCACUAACAUUUGAAAGUAAGAAAAGAACAAUGAAGUAAUUGCAUUGUUUGAUUAUAAGUAGAGUAUACUGAUUUUAUUUUUAUUGUCUCUUUAAUUUGGCCGAUAAACCGUCCCAUAAUUGCUAAUCAGAUACGGAAUAGUCCGAUUGGCUAACAGAUUACUACAUCUAAAAACCAAUAACCAUAAGCUGAACCGUUAACCAUAAAUAUUGGCUCCAUAAGUAACCCUGCUCACAGGUAAAAAUGGCGGCAUCGUUGAGAUGGGUAUUACAGCUACACAAGGACGUACCAAAAGCAGCAAGAUUCUACUCAGAGGGCUUAGAUUUCACCAUUAACGUCUGUACUCAUAGAUGGGCCGAGCUCCAAUCUGGGCCCCUCAAACUUGCUCUCAUGCAUUCACCCAGUGACGUUGUUGUGCAGAAGGGAUACUCAUCUCUCCUGUCCUUUACAGUUGCUGAUAUAAAUAACUCAGUUUCUAAGCUAUUGGCUUUAGGUGCUGAGUUGGAUGGCCCCAUCAAAUAUGAAAUCCAUGGAAAGGUUGCUGCAUUGAGGUGUGUGGAUGGGCAUAUGUUGGGUCUUUAUGAGCCGUCCUAAGACUUUCGUUGAGACAACCACUUGAAGGUAAAUGGAAUCGCGACUUCUGUUACAAGGCAAAAUGGUCAAAUUUUGCAGUUGGGUAUUGUUGGAAGAGAGAUUUCAGUCUUGUUCAUGGAGGUGAAGCACAACAAGAGAGAGGAGAUAGUCAUUGCAGUACCAAUUGUUUACAGCAAGAGACAAGACAUUACACUUAUUUGAUUUCCUACUGUAUUUGUUUUGAUGAUCCAUUCUGGUUAAUUAAACUAAACUAUAGUAGCACUGCAAAUCAUUGUUUAGUUAAAGUAUAGAAUGAAAUUUCUAUGAAAAGGAUGUGAAAAAAUAAGGACCGAAUGCCGAACCAGUUUCCGCCA